AUGGAGCGCCAGGGCCCUUUGCUGGAACACUGCAUGGAUCGACGUCUUCAGUGCGAAGAUUGGGCUGCAGCCGGAGAGUGCAGCUUCAACCCGAAGUUCAUGUUCGACCUGUGCCCUCACACCUGCGGGGUCUGCACACAGGCUGCGGCCGCGGCCCUCGAAGUUCUCGUUUGGGGCGAUGGGGGCGAGCCCAAGGUUGGACCGAGCCAGGGCAGGUCUGACGGUAUCUUGCAAGCAGGACCCGAGGCUGUCGUGAACGAUGGCAUCUCGUGGAACUUUGCGGCGGCUGUGGUGCGGAGCGACACCGUGCUGCAUUGGUGUGUUUCUCCGACUCCACGCGCAGAGAUGCUGCAAGGUGAGGGCCUGCUCGGAGAAUGCGUCGGCCAGCUGUGUGCCGUGAAGCGAUCAGUGCUUGCAGUUUCUUGCAGUGCUCGCUGGUGGUCAAAGGUGCCACAAGGCUACUCGUGUAGGACUCUGCAAGCGAACUCGGUGCCGACUUUCCAGACCACACGCAUUUCCCUGCUUGACCUGCGUUGGAACUUUGCCGGCAACGCUCCUGAGCUGCCACAGCUUUCCAGGCGAAUGAAGCGGGGCGCGAAGGCCAUGCGCGACCUCCGGCCACUAGCAGAAAACACACCGAACCAGCGACCUCUAACCGAGCGGACCUUGGACGCGGCACAGGAUUGGAGCGUGAACAGCACACCCAGGGGCGCCAGGGCGGGAGCAACCGCCACGUGUGGUCUAGAGCUUUCUGAGGAAUCCAGGAGCCAUUUCUUCGGGCACCGCACGGGUUUGGAUGUCGAGGCCGAGCUUCAACGUCAGGCUGUUCUCCUGAAGGGCCUUCUGCGGGAUGUCGCCGUCAUGCGGGAACCUCUCGGACGAGCUAGCCUGCAUCUCGUCGGUGUCUCGGCACCUCAGAACGAUCUCGAGCAGCUUUCGGCAGAUGUAAGGGAACUCCAGCAGGCCUUCAGCUGUUUCAGCCGCCAGGAGGAGGAAGUGGAACGCGCAAAGCUCGCGUCCUACGAGAGCCGCAGCCUGGAGGAGACACGGAUGGAAGAGGACGCUUCUGCGAGCUUCCGCGAGCUCGAGACCCGCUUCGAAGAGCAUAGCCGGAUGCUGGAGAGCCGAUUUGAGGAUCUGAAUCCUAGCAUCAAGCACCUUGAGUCGCGCCUGGAAGAGCACAAGAACACGCUAGACGCCCGUUUCGGAGAUGAGCACCUGAGCUGGCUUGAGGCCAGGUUCGAGGAGCAGCGCCAACUGCUGGAGAGUCAUGGAGACGUGCAAGGACUGCGCCACAGAAUGGCGGAUCUCGAGCUCUGGCUGCGCAACGAGGUGCUACUCCAGCUCUCUGCCAACACCGCCGAGGAGGUGAUCGAGCAAGCCUCUGUUUCGGUGACGCCACUGCUGCGUCAGCGGGCCGAGGAGAUCGCCGAGCGGGCACGGCCCGCGACGUCGCCUGCAGUCGGCGGUGCAGUGAGCGGUGCUGGUGGCCAGCAACGUCCCGGUUCGCCGGUGUUCCUGUCUUUGGCCCUACAUGCAGAGCGCGUGGCAGAAGUGGUCCAUUCCGUGCUCAUGAACGCGGAGCUCCAGGUUGGAGAGACGUGCAAUCGUGAGGGCGGCGCGCUGAUCAGAGUGAAUGGGGAGAUUGCGGCAACGCACCACUUCUCUCAGGCUGUCGGCUUCCUGACUCCUGUACUGCGUUUGGCCGGCACCGGGAAAGCGGCGAAGCUCAUGCCGGGACUUGCGCCUCCGUCCAAAAUGUUGGCGGACAGCCGCUGA